GUAAUUACAGCAAAGUGGAGUCAAGUCGCGUUUUGAGAAGGAUGAGAGCGGGACAUAACUUGAAUGGGAUGGUGCAAGGAUUUCAAGGGAACAGUGGGAUGAGCAGUUCAUUGCGAAUGUGAAUAAAUAGUCACAUUGCUCCUUUUUUCAUUGUGGAUUUAAGACAGCAAGAGCCAGAUCUGUAGUAAGAGCAGGUUCGGUGAGGGGCGUGUCAUGCCAGAGGGGACCCACUGUACUCUCCACACAAGCCAAAUGGGAGAAGAGUCUCCUCGCCUGUCCACGGGCUCGUCCGUAGGGAGCCAUGAUCCCCUGUCCUCCGUCACCGCGGGUGACUGCUGCGGCCUUCCCUGCUCUGAGCACUCUGAGGACGAGCGUCCCGUGAGCCUGGUGUCCACCCUCUCGUCCAGCUCCUCCCGGGACGAGGUCCUGAGCAGCAGCGGCGGCGGCACAACCCCCCUCCCCCUCUCCACACCCUCGCACCCCCCCUCAGAGGAAGAGGAGGACAUCGACCUGCACCUGAGCCCCCCAGAGGCCCCCGGAGAGCCCUCGUCAUCAGGAGACGCCUGCGACAGCAGAGACGGGGACGUCCACGUUCCCCCCGCAGGGAGGACGCCCAGGAAACUCUCCUUACCCAUCUCACCCACACGCUCACCCUUCGCCACCGUCGCCAUGGCGCCCAACCCUCAGCUCACCUACCUGGACCGUGUUGUCAUGGAGAUCAUCGAGACGGAGCAGAUGUAUGUGCGGGACCUUUGCAACAUAGUAGAGGAUUACUUGGCCCACAUCAUAGACACCGGUACUAUGGGACCAGAACAGGUCUCUGCCCUGUUUGGAAACAUAGAAGACAUCUACGAGUUCAAUGGUGAACUCCUGCAGUCCCUGUACAUGUGUAACGGCGACCCAGUGGCCAUAGCCAGAUGCUUUGUGGACAGGAGUGAAUAUUUUGACAUCUACACCCAGUACUGCACAAACUACCCUAAUUCUGUGGCAGCCCUGACGGAGUGCAUGAGGAGUAAGAACCUGGCCAAGUUUUUCCGGGACCGGCAGGCCUCCCUCAACCUCUCCCUGCCCCUGGGCUCCUACCUCCUCAAGCCCGUCCAGAGGAUCCUCAAGUACCACCUCCUGCUCCAGGAGAUCGCCAAGCACUUUGACCCUGAGGAGGAGGGGUAUGAGGUGGUGGAGGAGGCUAUUGACACCAUGACUGGAGUGGCCUGGUACAUAAACGACAUGAAGAGGAAGCAUGAGCACGCUGUCAGACUGCAGGAAAUACAAUCGCUGUUGAUCAACUGGAAGGGACCAGAUCUGACCACGUACGGGGAGCUCGUUCUGGAGGGAACCUUCCACGUGCACCGGGCUAAGAACGAGAGAACCCUCUUCCUCUUCGACAAGAUCCUCCUCAUCACCAAGAAGAGAGUAGAACACUUCAUCUACAAGACCCAUAUCUCUUGCUCCACGCUGAUGCUGAUUGGAAGUGCCAAGGACUGUCUGCGCUUCAGCGUGACGCACUUUAAGCACCGCAGCAAGCAGCCGCACACAGUCCAAGCCAAGACGCUGGAGGAGAAGAAGCUGUGGGUUCAUCAUAUUAAGAGGCUGAUUCUGGAGAACCAUCAGGCAGUCAUCCCGCAGAAGGCAAAAGAGGCCAUUCUGGACAUUGACUCUAUAUGCCCUGUGAAGUACCGCUACAGUCCCGAGCGCCUGAAGAAACCUCUCUCUCCCCAGGGUGAAGACUUCACCGGGUCUGGACGCCAAGGACGAAGAAGAUCGGAGCCAGCCAAGCAGAUCACGAAGUCCACCAAAGCUGUUCUUAAGCACGCAGAGAGCGAGGGCACCCUCCUGGUGGACAGUGCCAGCGACAGUUGCUCAUUGCAGCCAGCCACCAGCCUCAGCUCUCUGGCCUCCAACCUAAGUGAGUCCCAGGCUCCGAGGCCUUGUCUGGAAGACGGGCGAGAAGAACUAGGUUUUGGCAGAGACACCGAGGAGACGCUGAGGUGCGAGGAGGAAAGGUCAGAGGGCUCACUGGGACGGAAGGUUCCAGAGUUGGAGGUGGAGCCUCAGGAGACGCCUCAGGAGGAGAGAGAGAGCGAAGAGAAGGAGGAGGAGAGUCUGGUGGUGGAAGACCAGGUAGCUGACUUUGCCAGCUCAAUGCUGGCCGCCAUCUCCUGCUGGCACUAUAGGGCCCGGGCUUUGCUUUUCACUCGGUUCACAACGGAUGGGGAGGGCUGCACUGCCAUAGAGGACCAGGCGGCCCCUGGAGAAGGGACCCAGACCCUCCCCGAGGAAGAGGCCACCGAGACAGCCAUGGACGAGACUCUCAGUGACCAGACACCAGCAGAGGAGGGGUCUCCUCAGGACGGCUCGGCCUGGACAGCGAGCCCCGUGGACAACCAGAGAGACAUUCCUCGCAUCCACAUAGAAGAGUCGUCUCCGCUGCCUCCCAGGUGCGAGCGCAUCACUGAAGCGGAGGAGUGUUUUAGGAGCAUGGUGGCGGGUCAAGGGGAUGAGUUGGACACAAGCGCUCUGAUCCAGGAGGAGAAUAGCAUAUCCUCCAAUGGGACGUUCUACGAGGAGGGGGAGGAAGAGGAGGAGGAGGAGGAAGAGGCGGUGGCCAUGGGGACGGGAGCCUGCAGCAGCAUCCUCCCUUCGUCGGUGCUGGACCAGGCGAGCGUGAUCGCCGAGCGCUUUGCCAGCAGCCUCUCACGGAGGAACAGCCUGGUGGUGGCAGCGGACGACUUCACGCCCACGUCGUCUCACCCCUGCGCCACGUCCACGCAGCUGGUGGCGUCAAGCGGUGACCCUUCAGCGGAUGCCCCCAUUCUGAGGCCCAAGGCCGACCGCUCGACCCCGUCUCUGGUGGAGCUAGACCGACUGUACCAGAGUCGCCAGGACUCCACGCUGUCUAAGAAGGACCAGCUGCUGAUCCACAAGAUCCGCCACUACUACGAGCACGCCGAGCACCUUGACAUGGGCUUCAGCAUCAAGCGCAGGGAGAGCCUCUCGUUUAUCCCUGCAGGGCUGGUCAGGCACCUCAGCCGCCAGAUCAACAGCACCCCCAUGGACGAGAUUGCCGUUGCCGCCGCCACCGCCGCAGGGAACAGGAAGGGGUCCCCCGGUGUUCGGCCCACCUCCUGGUCUGUGUUCAACCUCCCGGGUUUGGACAAGAGGGAUGAGAUGCCGAAGUCUCCUGCCGGCGGGACAGAAGCCACACGCUCAGCUGCUGAAAAGAGGAGAACUGUUAGUGUCAGCGAUGCAACGCUUCAGUCCGAGGUCUUCCACUCGCCCUCCCACAUCAUCCCAGUGUGGCAGGACAUGGAGACGGACAUGGACGGCGUCCAGGAGGACACAGAGUCCAACACAGAGACAAAGGAUGACGAGACUGCCAGCCCUACGCUUCACCACAAGAGCUUCCCCAGCCGGCGACAAAGGGACGCUGACUGUGGAGAAUCUCUCCUGAUCCAGGAGGAGGAUGACGACGUCAGCACCGUGACCGACGCGUCCUGCAUCACCCCCCCUCCCACAUUCCUCUCCCCCACCAAGGAGGAGGCGCGAGGGCCGGAGAGCACAGGCUCAGACGAGCACCUCCAGAGAGGCCAGGCGUUGCGGGCGCCCCUGCCCAGAGUCAUCACCUUGAGGUCGGGCUUGGAGGAGGAGCAGCAGCAGCAGAUCCUGCAGGACGUGGAGAAGGUGAAGAAUAAGGUGUUCCAGCUGGCCAGGCAGUACAGCCAGCGCAUCAAGAACAACAGGCCCGUGCUGAAGCCCAGGGCCAGGGAGACGGAGAGUCCCCUCACCUCCGUGCAGGAGGAGAGGACACAGAGGACAGAGACGGGUACGUCUGGCCUUGUUCUUUCACUCAGCUCCUACGACCAGGUGGUCAUCCAGGAGCUGAAGCUGCCGAGCCCCUCUCCCAGCAUCAGCUCUGCGGGCAGCUCUCGCGUCCAGUCCCCCAGCGGCCCGCCCGUGAGCCCCGUCCCUGUCGAGAGCUUCCACUGGCCCGACGUCAGGGAGCUGCGCUCCAAGUACGCCCCCGGCCGAACGCACGGCAGGCGCACCGGCAGCGGCGUGGGCGUCAGUCGCAGCCACUCCACCCCGGAGAGGAUGAUGAUGAUGGUGACGGAGUCCGAGGCCGAGAGGUCGCGCUCGCCAUUGAGUCGCUCCAGCUCCACCUCCAGCAGUUGCCUCUCACUGGAGCCCAGGGGGUCCCCGACGGACUACAGCAGCAUGGCUGCCAGCGACACCUGCCUCAACCUGGGCAGCGAUGCCCAACUCCUCAUGGGCACUGCAGAAGAGGAGGGGGGAGGGGGGAGCGUCUCCAGGCUAUGCGGGGUGAACUCUCUGGAUACGCUGCACCUCAACGAGCAGCAUCAACAGCAACAGCAGAACAACAAGGUCAUCGCUGCGGAGACGGUCAGCAUGCCCUCCACAGGAAGCCAGGGGGGAAGGGGCAUCGAGACAACGGAGAGGGACGAAAGGGACGAGAACGUCCUGAACGGGGGCGAUGGCAGGUCAGCACUGGAGUUGGAGGCUUGGAGGAGCCUGCGCAGGAGAGACUGGAGGGCCUACGAGAGGCUCCAGAGCACUACCAAGUACUCUACCAGCUCACUGAAGACACUGGACGGCAGCCAGCGCAGCCUGGUCAAGAACCUACGGGAGAAAUUCCAAAGCUUGAGUUCAUAUACAUAAACUACACUUUAUACAUAUGGGGUUUAUAUAUAUGUACUGUGUGUAUAUAUAUAUAUAUAUAUAAGACUGUCUGAUCACUGGCCACAACAUAAGCACCUGUUUGGAAAUGGGAAUUGGUACUUUGUGUAAAUAGGACUGAGUCUGUUAAGCAGAUUGGCCAGUAACUAAGAUGUUCAUUUCUGAAUUGGCAGCCAACUUUGGUGUGGAUCCGCAACACACCACACCACACCAGAUCAGAUCAGAUCAGAUCAGGGCCAGAUGACUACACCAACGGCAUGCAAUGGGAAAGGAAAUCCACACCACACACCACACACCACACCAGAUCAUAUCACAUCAGGGCCAGUUCCACACCAGAGUCAGCUGCUAUGUCAUUUAUAUAAUUGCUCUUGGAGUUGCUUUUAUUCUUAUGUCCAGACACAUCCUGCUGGAUCUGGGAAUCUGUUAAGGGAUACGUAGCAACCACGAAAGACUCAGAGGAGUCCUAUUUAUCUUUCUUAAAGAGUUAAGUCUUAUAGAAACAGCUGUACAUAUGUUUAUACUUUUCCUGUCUUUCCUUUUUAUUCACAAAUGUGGAUCUGUAAAAUGUAUAUAAGCUUAAAUAAUGAGGAAGAAUAUAAAUAGGUUUUGCUCAUCAUUCAGAGAAAAUGUAUCCGUUGUUGGAAGAGAUUGUUUUUAUCUGUACAUUGUAAUAUGGUUUUGGGUCACAAAAUAAUACCUUGAAAUUGUUGAUGGACUGUCCUUGUUAGGCAACCCUCGUGAGGCUCGAUCAGCCCUCCUGUGCUGUAGUUAGUUGUGUACAUGCAGCGAGACAAGAUCCGAUUUGGGCAAUGGCUGGCACAUUCUCUAGGUGUUGAUAGCCUCCUGUGACACAGGGAGAUGGCAAAAUAAUUGGCGAUGCUUUAUUUGACGUGUGUUUGGUAAUGCAUGAUUCACCUGUGAAGAGAUGAGGUGUUGUAUUGCAUUUCUUGUCACGUGACGUUGCGUCUCUUCACACAGUCUCCUCUUGUCGUUAAGACCGUUUUCACUGGGUGUGCGGGGUGCUACUUUUCAUGUUGUCUUGACAAAAUGGUAUGAUCCUCUUCUUAGGCUCAGCAACUGAGGGAGUUUGGUAGAUAGGUGAUUCAUUUCAACAUAGAUGAAACCCACUUUCAUGACUUUAAUCUUUCAGUCAGUUUCUAGUGUUUCAAAUAUGUGGACCAAUAUCCUGCACUACUGGUCCACUUCAGUACACAGUGGUUUGUUUGUUGGUUUUUGUGUGCUGCCUUCGGCUACAGUUAACUACUGUCUGCCUGUAUGCAUCUGCUUUGACAGUUUUUACAUUGUGGUUCAGUAAGGACCAUAUCUGUUCAAAUGUUGCCAGGUAAUCAUCUCAAACCGUAAGCACAAUGACAAAGCAAGCAGGUUGUUUUUUUUUUUUUUUGCUGUGCUGCGUCAGCAUGCUUCUUCUUUUGGUUCUGUCUCAGCUGCGGCACAUUCUGUUGGCUCUCCACACACACUCAGCACAGAUGAUGUAAGAGGUGAAUCAGACGAGACGAACGCCCGUUGUUUAACAUGGAUGGUCUUUCCUCAUCAUUUUCUCAUCAACGAGUCCAACCCGAAAGGCAUUCUUCUCAACAACCUGCAGUGUCACAACUGUCAUAAUAACUUUCAACACUAUUAGCUAUAUAGGAUUUUAAAGAUGUCACCUGUGGUGUUAUUCCUGUCUCCUUAAUAAAUGUGGUUGAUAAAAUAAAGGCACUGUGUAACCUA